UCUAGCGCGAAUAUUUGUAAAUUAAAAUGGCCGACAGCGACGAUGAAAAAACACUUGCAGCUUACGAAAGUCUAGAGCAAAUACAGCGGUUGAAAGCAGCUCUUCAUUACACUGUUGGCAAAAUUUGCGAAACAUAUGCAAAGAAUGAAAGAUUGAAAUACUCAAAGCAGUUUAUUGCUGCGUUAACAGAGACAACCUUCAGAGAAAUAGAUUCUUUUGCAACAGAUCUGGAGCUUUUUGCCAAACAUGCAAAGCGUAUUGUCAUAAAUGCAGAUGAUGUUAUUUUACUCAGCAGAAGGAGCUCUUCUUUGAAUCAGCAUAUGAAAGAAAUACACCAAGAGCUUGCUGAGGCACAUGUCACAGAAAGAGCAAACAAAAAAGCGAAGAAAGUCAAGAAGCAAAAACUGGCAUUAACGUCCAACGAAAUUGAUGAUUAGGUAAUGCAGAAAAGUACUGGUACUGAUUCUUGGCGACAAAACCAUUUCUUAUCAAUUGUUAUGACUGCCAUAAAAUGUGAUGCAGGUAGCUUUUCAGUUCUCUGGCAUAAAAGCUUAAGAUGUGGUGAGUGUUUUGGUGAAAAAUAGUUGGAUAGUUAAACAUAAACUUCUCAAUGAGGCAUUCUAACUUUGUGAGUGUGUGUAUGACUAUCCUCCUGCAUGCAAACUUGUAAACAUAUUGAAAAUUUAAAUACCAUCUCCAUUGGAGUAUCUUGAUUUUAUAUGAAA